GAUAGCACACGUUGUCAAAGGGAGCAAUAGGAACUUCGUCAACCAUAUUUUACACACAAGUAACAAGAUCAAGCGGAGGGAACGGACAUCAAUCACGUCCCGGCUUUUGGGAAAGAUGAGCUCAUUUUCAGCAAAGGAAAGGUAAAGAUGUCCAAUCAAAAGAGUGCUCGGAGGAUUGAAGGUUUGGACAAAAAUAUUUGGGUGGAAAUUACAAAGCUUGUCAGCCAACAUCAGGUAGUGAACCUUGGGCAAGGCUUCCCUGACUUCUCACCACCACAGUUUGUAAAAGAAGCUUUCAUCAGGGCUCUCAACAGUGAGAACAGCCUCAUGAACCAGUACACCAGGGGCUUUGGUCACCCUCCGCUGGUAAACAUCUUGGCCUUGUUUUUCGGGAAGCUGCUGGGACGCGAUAUAAAUGCCUUGGACGAGGUGUUGGUGACGGUUGGUGCCUACGAGGCCCUCUUCUGUUUCUUCCAGGCGAUGGUCGAUGAUGGGGAUGAGGUGAUCAUUAUUGAGCCCUUCUUUGACUGCUACGAGAUGAUGGCUCAAAUGGCUGGAGGCCGGCCUGUAUUUAUCCCACUGCAGCCGAAACCAGUCUCUGGCAGGAUGGUGACCAGUGCUGACUGGGAACUGGAUCCAGCCGAACUAGCAAAUAAAUUCACCAAACGCACGAAAGCAGUCAUUCUCAACAAUCCCAACAACCCACUUGGUAAGGUUUUCACACGGAAGGAGCUUGAGCUGAUCGCGGAUCUGUGUGUGAAACACGAUGUGCUGUGUCUUAGCGACGAGGUGUAUGAGUGGCUGGUGUACGAUGGCAAAGAACACGUACGGAUUGCCACCCUGCCCGGGAUGUGGGAGCGGACAGUCACUGUGGGGAGCGGAGGGAAAACCUUCAGCGCCACAGGUUGGAAGGUCGGCUGGGCAAUUGGGCCCAAACAGGUCCUCAGGCACCUCCGGACAGUCCAUCAGAACACAGUCUUCCAUUGUGCCACUGCAGCUCAGCAAGCAGUGGCCGAGGGAUUGACCAAGGAGUUGGAGUGCCUAGGAAAACCAGAGAGUUACUUCAUCAGCCUACCCCAGGAGCUGCAGAGAAAGCGAGACCGACUGGCUGCCUCCAUCAAUGCCGCGGGAUUAAAGUCCAUUCUCCCAGAAGGCGGCUACUUCCUGAUAGCAGAUGUCACAGCAACCAGGUUUGACCUGCCGGAUUCUACCGACCCCGAGGAGCUGUACGAUGACAAAUUAGUGAAGCGGAUGAUCACUGAGCAGGGCCUGGCAGCCAUCCCGGUCUCUGUCUUUUACUCAGCUGAACACAAGAAGGAGUUUGAAAACUAUAUUCGAUUUUGUUUUGCUAAGGAGGACUCGACACUUAGUAAGGCGGAGAAGAUCUUGCAGGAGUGGAAAAAGUGACCAGCCCUGCGCGGGAGGCUGUGCUCACACACGCAGUAAACUCAGGAAUUUUUACUGCAGCAGCUUUGCACUUUGAGAAUCAUUUGAGUAGAAAAUGUAGUUUGUUGAAAAGGACGUGGUGGCUGCCUUCACUUGGCCCUUCCCAGGGGCAUAACCUGCACUUAGAAACCAGUCAUUUAUAACACAAAUGAAACUCUCCUCACCCUUACCCAUUACCUUGCUCCUCAAGAAGCUUUGAGCUGGAGGGGAGCAAUCCAUUUGGGGCUAUACACCAGUCUCCCCCCUCCCCCAUUUACCAUUAUAAAUUACUCCUCUUUAGAUAGUUCCCUUGUGAAGACUAAGGAUCCUACCUUGAUCACUGCACUCACAGCACAUUGCACAUCCUAACAAGUCUGUGUUAAAAGACAACGAAAAGGAAAGCAUUUAUAGAGUAUCUUUUAAGUUGGGAGGACGUCCCAAGGCACUGGACAGUCGAGGGUUUUCACACGGGCAACAAAAAAACUCCCAUCUCCCCCUUUAUUCCCAUCCCUGUCCUGUUCACUCUUCCUCCCUCUGUGGAUAUUCACCCACUUACUAACCUCCCUAACUAGCUGGCCUGUGGGAUGGUGUUCCAAGAACUCUUCCACUCUACGACCAAGUGUCGCCAGCUGCUCCUCAAGGUCAGAAGCUUUGAGCUGGAGGGGAAACAGCUGGACACCGUGCCCACAUGUGCUCCCAUGUUAGGCAGUCUCAGCACAACACAACCAUCAGCCGUGGGGCUGUUGACGCUCAGUCCUUGAACAUAUUCAAGACUGAGACAGAUAGAUUUCUUAUUGCAAAAGGGAUUAAGGGAUAUGGGGAUAAGGCAGGGUUAGGUUAUUAGCUGGAGUUAGAUUAGAAGAUCAGCCAUGAUUGAAUGGCGGGGCAGGCUCGAAGGACCGAAUGGCCUACUCCUGCAUGUUAUGCGUCUCCACACUAAUUGAAUGAACUUUCAGAAACUUUGUGGCUCACCCAAUUGCUCUGUUCCCUCUUGAAACCUUUAUAUGUGUGUCCACAGACCUGACAGUCCCCAACCCUCACUUCUCCAUUGAAACCCAAUGGGGCAUUAUUAUACUGCUGCUGAAUAUAAACUAGGGAUUGAUUAUGGAGUGAUUAAUGAAUUAAAGCCUUGUUUGUAGAUAUAAUGUAUUGCCAAUGAAGAAUAAACAAUACUGCAAUUCCCUG